AUGUAUUAUUAAAAGUAUUGUUGGAAAUAUCAUCGUUAGAAGCAUUAUUAGAAAUGUUGUUGGGAGUAUCAUCAUUAGAAGCAUUAUUAGAAGCAUUAUUCAUUUUAAAAAAUUUUCAAAGAAAACUCAAAAAU